AUGCCUCGAAAACAAACUAAUUUGCGGGGUCCCAAGGACCGAGAUGCUCCCAAAUCUAAGCCCGCCCAGAAGCGCAAGACCGGCCGUGCAAUCAAUGCCCUCUCAAUCGCCGAAAAACAGAUUCCCACCAAACUUGGUGUAAGGAGAAACCGUCUAGGAUACUAUGACGACGGCAAAAACCCUAAACGACACUCUACCAAUGAUGAGGAUGAGGAUGAGGAUGACGAAGACGGAGAUGGCCCAAGCUACAAGCGCCGCAGAUUCAACACCGCUCCUGCCGAUGAAAGCGACAAUGGCGGCAAUGAUAGUGAGGGUCACGAAUGGAAGCUGGGACAAGUGGAUAGCGACGAUGAUGAAGAGUUAGACAGUGACGAAGCUUUGGGUGAGAGCGACGAGGAAAGAUUUGAGGGCUUCACAUUCCGCGGAAGUUCUACCACAAAGUCCAAGUCUAAGAAGAAACCUACAAAGAAGCGCGCAGAUAUCGACGAGUCCGAGGAAGAGGAGGAUGAAGACGACGAUCUGGGUGAAGAUGCCGUGGACCUCUUGACCGCAUGGGAUAUGAACACUGCGGAGGAAGAGGCUGAAGCAAAGAAAGCCGCAGCCAAAUCGAAAAAAGCCGCAGAAAGUGAUGACAGCAUGGACGACUCUGGUUCUGAAGGCGACAGCGAAGGAGAUGAGAGCGAAGAUGAUAAUUUAUCUCUUUCCGACGACGACGAGGCUGAUGACCAAGGCGAUGGCUUGUCCAAGCUUCAGGACUUUGUCAAUUCUAUGGAGACUGGCCGUCGCACCAAGGGCCAUCAAAAGUCACAAGAGCAGGGCAAGCCAACUGAGUACGGCCUGACCUCUUCUCAAAAAUUGACUGUUGCCGACCUCUUGCCCUCGAUCACAGACUCCCGCCUCAAGAGCUCGUUAAAACAUGUUGACGCUGCUCCUCAGACAUCCAAGGCCGGUAUUCCAGGCAAACUUGAUGCUCCAUUAGCGAAACGCCAACAAGAUAAGCUUGACCGUACCGCAGCUUACGAAAAGAGCAAGGAAACAUUGGAUCGCUGGAUUGAGACCGUCAAGCAUAACCGCCGCGCUGAUCAUCUGAUCUUCCCACUUCCUAACCCCGACGAUGAGCAAGUUCAUCGCAUGGAGGUUGCGAAGCCGACGAACGAUCUGGAAAGUACCAUUCAAAAUAUCCUUGUGGAGAGUGGUCUGGUUGAAGUAAAGGGCAAGUCUGCUGAACAGCAAGUUCAGGGCUUCGAGGAAAUUCAGUCUCGUCAGAUGCCUAUCGAAGAGAUCCAAGCCCGUCGUGCUGAGUUGCGCAAGCGUCGUGAUCUACUCUUCCGUGAGGAGGUACGUGCCAAGCGUAUCAAAAAGAUUAAGAGCAAAUCCUACCGCCGUGUCCACCGCAAGGAGCGUGAGCGUCUUGAGCAACAAGAGAAGCAGGCACUUUUGGAAGCCGGUGUUGACAUGGAUGAAAUGGAUAUUGAGAAGAACGAGCGGCUCAGAGCUGAAGCUCGCAUGGGCUCCAAGCACCGUGACAGCAAAUGGGCUAAGAGCUUGAAGGAGACUGGCCGAACAGCCUGGGAUGAAGAAGCCCGCAACGGUGCUGCCGAUUUGGCCCUCCGUGAGGAAGAACUGCGCAGACGCAUUGAAGGAAAGAGUGUCUCUCGCGGUGAUGAGGACUACCUGGGAUCGUCUAGCUCGGAGUCAGAAGACAACGAUGACCCUUGGGCGUCAGAUGCCUCCGAUGCUGAGAAGAGCCGGAUACAGAAGAAGCUGCGCGGUUUGGAAAAAAUGGACUCUGCCGAGAUUCCCAAGGGCCCUCACUCAAAUCUUUUUGCCAUGAAAUUCAUGCAGAAUGCUGAGGCUGCUCGCAGGGAAGAGAACGACGCAGAAAUUAGACGCCUCAACCGAGAGCUUCACGGCGAAGACUCACAGUCCGAAGCUGAGUCGGAGGUUGGACGACGAAAGUUCGGUCAAUCAUCAAAGACUGAUACUAAGGCUCCUUCCAAGGUAUUGCCCAAGAGCGAGCUCGAGGAGGCUCUUGGAUCGGAUGACGAAGACUUAAUGGAUCAAGAUAUCGAUAUUGUGGUUGAUCGUCCUGCCAAGCACAACGCUGCUGCUCCCUCCGGUCCAAAGGCCAAUGCCAAAUCUUCAGAUAAGAUGUUCAGUCAACCAGCCAAAGAGAUUGUGGAGGAGGAAAAUCCUUGGUUGGUCCAGACUGACCGUACCAAUCGUCGUCGGACCGGUGCAGAUGCUCAGGAGGCUAUGGAAAUUUCACUUGAUGACGAACAACCUCAAGUUUCACAACAGACUGCUUCGUCUAAAAAGAGCAAGGCUGCGAAGGCAACUUCUGCCAAGGAAAUCUCUCACGCCCAGCACGACAGUGAAGACGAAGAUAGCGUUCCUGUGCUGCUGAAGAACCACGACCUUGUAAAGAGAGCAUUUGCUGGCGACGAGGUGGUACAAGACUUUGAGCAGGAAAAGAUGGAUACUAUUGAAGACGAAGGUGACAAGGUCAUUGACAACACUCUCGACGGCUGGGGUAGCUGGGCCGGCGAGGGCGUGAGCAAGAAGUCUCAGAAGAAUAAGAAACGCUUCCUGACUACAGUAGAAGGCGUCAAGGCCGAGAAGCGAAAGGACGCCAAGCUCUCUCGUGUCAUCAUCAACGAGAAGCGAGUCAAAAAGAAUAUCAAGUACAUGGCAAGUCAACUUCCUCAUGAGUUUGAAACCAAGGCACAAUACGAGCGCUCAUUGCGCAUGCCUUUGGGUCCGGAGUGGUCUACAAAGGAGACUUACCAGAGUGGAACCAAGCCUCGUGUUAUUGUCAAGCAAGGCAUUAUCAAGCCUUUGGAGAAGCCUAUGAUGUGA